CGCCGAGAGGCAGAGGAAGAGGAAGGAACGGACGGCAUAGCGUAGGGAGGGGAUCCAUCCAACAGAGCAGAGCAGAGUAGCGACCGGUCGGAGCAGAGCAGUGGCCCACCGGGUCGGUUGACAUGGAUUACCACCAGCAGCAGCAGUUCCUGAUGCCCCCGCCCGCGUCGCUGCCGGCGCAGCAGCAGCAGCUGUGCGCGCCGAUGAUGGGCAUGGACAUGGAGAUGGAGAUGGAGGAGCAGCUGUGCUUCGUGGGGAGGGGCGGCGGGGGUCGUGGGGCGGAGAGGAAGCGGCGGUUCACGGAGGAGCAGAUACGGUCGCUGGAGUCCAUGUUCCACGCGCACCACGCCAAGCUGGAGCCCCGGGAGAAGGCGGAGCUGGCGCGCGAGCUGGGCCUGCAGCCGCGCCAGGUGGCCAUCUGGUUCCAGAACAAGCGCGCGCGGUGGCGCUCCAAGCAGCUGGAGCACGACUUCGCCGCCCUCCGCGCCGACUACGACGCCCUCCACUCCCGCGUCGAGUCGCUCAAGCAAGAGAAGCUCGCCCUCGCCGCACAGUUGCACGAGCUGAGCGAGAGGCUGAGGGAGAGGGACGGCGGCGGCGGUGGCGCCACCGCCAGCAGCAGCAGCUGCAACGGAGGCGGCCAGGAGCUGGACGACGACAAGAGGAACGUCGUCGCCGGGUGCGUCGACGUCGAGCCCCCAGAGAGCUGCGUGCUCGGCGGGACGGCGUGCGCCACGCCGGCGGACGUCUCGGCGUCGGUGGAGUCCGAGUGCGACGACCACCUCCGCUACGACGGGGCGGUCUUCCCGGAGUCCUUCUGCGCCACGCCGGAGCUGUGGGAGCCGUGGCCGUGGCCGCCCGUCGAGUGGAACGCGGUGGCUUGAAGCCGCGGAGUAGUAUAUACAUGUUGUGAACCCACGUAGGCGGCUUGUGUGUGUAGCUUCACGUACGUGCAUGUUGUGCUCGAUUUCUCAUCUGGCUGGGGAUACAUGUGAGAGGCGAACGGGGACGCGGCAAUGUCGGGUGGGUCCGUGUGAAUGUAAGAUAGAGGAUGAUGCACCUGAAUCGAAAGAGAAGUGACCGAAGUGAUGAAACCAUGGAGGCGACCACCCAGCCAAUGGGAUCAGUGAUUCGGAUGCUGCUAAAAUGUUGCCACUUUUAGUAGAGAUCAUUGGUAGAGUUUGCAUCAGCUCUUCUGUUUGUCGUUGCUCCCGCUGUGAAUUCAAGUGUUGGAGGCAGGAUCGAUCCAUCAA